AACCUGCAGGCUCUGCUGCCCCGCCCAUAGCCGGCGCGAGGAGGGGUCUGUGUCACGCGAAACUCUUUGAAAUGUUUUUGCAUUGCUUGAACCGCAUGGGCGACACAACUCAUUGGACCCGAGUCACAACUUCCAGAAACUGCAACUGGGAAAGAACAGCACCCUGGAAUAAACCAAAGGGAAGCAUUUCCAUAACGACACGACUUUGAAAUCAUUUUUGUUUGAAAGUGUGAAGUUGGCAAUAAUCUAUUUAUUGCUACAUUUUUUUGGAUGAGAAAUAAUUCUAAGAAAUAAGAAGGAUGCUCUGACUAACGCUUUGUAAAAAACGGAGUUCCCCUUUUUUUUCUUUUAGUUUCAAUUCCUAGAUAUUUAUAUUGAGGAUUUGUGGGUUCAAUAAAUAUAUAAAUAUAUACAUUUAAAAUAAAAUGGACAUUCAACUUAUGCCUGUUUUUAUUGUUCUACUAUUUGGGAUUGCUUCAGCAACUUAUGGAAGGAAUCUUCAGCCUUUUAUGCCGAACGUGUGUGCAGAGAAAGAGCUGACGAUGGUGGGCCACAGGCAGCCAUGUGUCCAGGCCUUCACACGCAUGGUCAAAGUGUGGAAGCAGGGCUGCGUGGGGCAGGCGUGGUGCGUCGGCUACGAGAGGAGGACAGCCUAUUACACUGCCUACAGACAGGUGUACAAGAAGGACUAUCACACUGUGUAUAAGUGCUGCCCUGGCUGGUCCCAGCUCAAUGGAGAGGCAGGCUGUCUUUAUCCUGUCUGCAGUUCAGGGGUCUGCUUCAAUGGGGGUCAGUGUGUGGAAGGAUCGACCCAGCUGUGUGACUGUCCAGCCGGCUUCGACGGGCCCAGCUGCCAAUACGAUAAGAAUGAGUGCGAGGAGACAAACGGGGGCUGUGAGUUUCAAUGCUGUAACACCAUCGGCAGCUUCUACUGCAAGUGCCCCCAAGGGAUGAAGCUGAAGGAGGAAGGCAAGACGUGUGAAGACGUUGAUGAAUGCCAAGUGCACAACGGGGGUUGCCAGCACAGAUGCGUGAACACCCCGGGAUCGUACUUCUGUGAGUGCAAGCCGGGGUCUCGCCUGCAUACGGACGGACGGACCUGCAUCGCUGUGAACACGUGCGCUAUCAGCAAUGGAGGCUGUGAGCAGGAGUGCGUCCAGCUGUCGAUGGCACACUAUCAGUGUCGCUGCCGACACAACUACCAGCUCACAGAGGACGGCAAGCACUGUAAACUGAUGGACCCCUGUGGGGACAGGAACGGCCGCUGCAUGCAGAAGUGCCGGAGCGAAGGGGGGGUGGCUCGCUGUGAGUGUCACCCCGGGUACACGCUGGCUGCCGACAGCAGGAGCUGUGAAGACACGGACGAGUGUGCGACUGGCCAGGCCUUGUGUUCACACGGCUGCCACAACACGCGGGGCUCCUUCUCCUGUAUCUGUAACCCUGGAUAUGAGCUGGGGUCCGACGGGAAGCAGUGCUACAGGAUCGAGAUGGAGAUUGUGAACAGCUGCGAGACCAACAACGGGGGCUGCUCACACCACUGCGGUCACUCCACUGCUGGACCGGUCUGCAGCUGUAACUAUGGCAACACACUGGAUGAGGACCAGAAGACAUGCGUGGAUAUAGAUGAGUGUGGAGGAGGGGACUCCUGUUGUGAGCAGGAUUGCUCCAACUAUCCUGGGGGCUACGAGUGCUACUGUGGGGCCGGUUACAGGCUCAACAUCGAUGGGUGUGGCUGUGAUGACGAGGACGAGUGCCUGUCUGACAACGGGGGCUGUGAUCACACCUGCCAGAACACUGCCGGCUCCUUCCAGUGUUACUGCGAGAUCGGACACAAGCUGGAUGAGGACCGCAGGAGCUGCAUUCCUCUGGAGGACCCAGUGGAAGCCCUGAACAGCCGGCGAGCCGUGGAGAGACCCAUCCCCCAGGUGACUCUGCUGAGAGAGGAGUACACCCAGCUCUUCGAGGAGGGAGAGGAGUACGACGAGGGCGAGGGGGAGCUGCGUGGAGAGCACACCCUGGCUGAGAAAUUUGUGUGCCUGGACAACACGUUUGGUCACGACUGCAGCCUGACGUGCGAGGACUGCUCGAACGGAGGAGUGUGUGGCCCUGAGAGGGACGGCUGUGAGUGCCCUGACGGCUGGACCGGGGUCGUGUGCAACCAGACUUGCCCAGAGGGGACCUUCGGUAAGAACUGCAGCUUCUCCUGCAAGUGUAAGAACGGAGCGGCCUGUGACCCCAUCACUGGACGCUGCCGCUGCCCACCGGGAGUGAGUGGGGAGAUGUGUGAGGAUGGCUGCCCGAAGGGUUUCUACGGGAAGCACUGCAAUAAGAAGUGUAACUGUGCCAACAACGGGCGCUGCCACCGCACCUACGGAGCCUGCCUGUGCGACCCAGGUCUCUACGGGAGAUACUGCCACCUUCCAUGCCCGAAGUGGGCGUUUGGCCCCGGCUGCUCGGAGGAGUGUCGGUGUGUGCAGCGGAACACCCAGGAAUGCAACCGGAGGGACGGGGGCUGUGUCUGCAAGCCCGGCUACAGUGGCAGCACCUGCCAGGACGAAUGCAGCCCUGGUUUCUAUGGCUCUGGUUGCAAGAGAAAGUGCGAGUGUCCCGCGGGUGUUCCCUGCGAUCACGUGAGCGGCGCGUGCAAGAGAGAGUGUCCGGCGGGCUACAGCGGAGAGAACUGCGACCAAGCGUGUCCAGAGGGAAGGUUCGGAGUGAACUGCUUGGAGCCAUGCUCCUGCGGAGGAUCCCCGUGCGACAGGGUGAGCGGAGAGUGCAGAUGUCCUGCUGGGAGGAUCGGCCCCAGCUGUGAGCGAGAUUGCCCCGAGGGUCGCUGGGGAGUAGGCUGUCUGGAGACCUGCCCAGUGUGUGAGAACGGAGGGGUGUGUGCCAUGAAGACUGGCCUGUGUGACUGCCUGCCAGGCUACAUGGGCAAGCUCUGUCAGAAUGAGUGCCCGGUGGGGCGCUUUGGCCAGGACUGCCUGCUGCGCUGCGUGUGUGAGAACAACGGCCGCUGCAAUCCCGUCACGGGACGCUGUACCUGCGCCCCAGGCUGGACGGGACACAACUGCAGGAGAGCCUGUGACGCUGGCCGCUGGGGUCCUGACUGCGUGAACUCGUGUGACUGCAGGAACAGCGACGGAAGCUGCGAUGCGGUGACAGGGCAGUGCAUCUGCGAGGCGGGAUACAGCGGCAGCCACUGUGACCAGGAAUGCCCCCCUGGCUCGUUCGGGACGGCUUGUCGGCACCGCUGUCAGUGUGAUAACGGAGCGGCCUGCGACCAUGUGAGCGGAGCCUGCAUCUGUCUGCCUGGCUGGACUGGGACCUUCUGUGAGAGGCCCUGUCCGGAGGGGUUCUAUGGGAUGGAGUGCAGACAGAAGUGUAACUGCUUGAACGGGGCUCGCUGUGACCUCCUGACCGGUACCUGUGCCUGCCCGGCCGGCUGGAUCGGACCUCACUGCAACCUGACCUGCCAGGCUAAUUCCUACGGGGAGGGCUGCAAUCAGACUUGUGACUGUCACAACGGGGCGAGCUGUGACUCACUCAGCGGGCAAUGCGUCUGUGCACGGGGCUGGACCGGACCCAGCUGCCAGCAAGCAUGCCCGGCUGGUUUCUACGGCGCUAGCUGCCAGCAGUUCUGUCUGUGCCAGAACGGCGGGUCAUGUGAUCACGUCAGUGGGCGAUGCACGUGCCCAGAAGGGUGGACCGGGCUUGCCUGUGAACUGGAGUGCACCCAGGGCAGGUUCGGAGUGGGCUGCCAGCAGAGCUGUGAAUGUGAGAACGGGGGCCUGUGCGACCGGCAGACUGGACAGUGCACGUGUCGUGCAGGCUGGCUCGGGGACAGGUGUCAAACAGCCUGUCCCGUGGGGACGUUCGGCACGCGCUGUGAGGAUCGGUGUGACUGCGAGCACGGGGCGUCCUGUCAUCACAUCACCGGGACCUGCCACUGCCCCCGGGGCUGGAGGGGACGGCAGUGCGAGAAAGCUUGCUUACCUGGCGCCUAUGGAGAGAACUGUGCGCAACUCUGCAGCUGUCCCCCCGGCACUUCCUGUAACCACAUCACCGGGGAGUGUGGCUGCCCUCCUGGAUUCACCGGCGACGGCUGUGAACAGACCUGCCUUCCAGGGACCUACGGAGACAACUGCAACCAGGUGUGCCAGUGCUCAGUGCAGAACCAACAGUGCCACCCUGUGACCGGGGCAUGCUACUGCGCGCCAGGCUACCAUGGCAACGACUGCCAGCUGAAAUGCCCAGAUGGACUGUAUGGCCCUAACUGUGAGCGAUCGUGCCAGUGUCUGAACGGGGGUCACUGCGAGACCACCACUGGCACCUGUGAGUGCCUGCCUGGCUACAUCGGAGCAGACUGCAAUACCACAUGCCCCGCUGGUCACUACGGGAAGGACUGCGCUCAGGUGUCUUCCUGCCGAGACGGGGCGCACCAUGAUCAUGUGACAGGAAACUGCGCAUGUCCAGCCGGGAAGACGGGCGCUCGCUGUGAACGAGGCUGUGAGAAGGGCCGCUUCGGGGAAGCCUGCCUGCUGUCCUGUUCCUGUAAGAACGGAGGGCGGUGUGAUCCAGUGACUGGUUCCUGCUCCUGUGGACUGGGCUGGACUGGGCCGCACUGUGAGAGAGAGUGUCCCCCGGGACGAUACGGGGUAAACUGCCAGCUGGACUGCAGGUGUCAGAAUAACGGGACGUGCGACAGGGUGACGGGUGGCUGCCAGUGUACCGGGGGAUUCUACGGGCACAGCUGUGAACAUGCCUGCCCUCCUGGGUUCCACGGAACAAACUGUCAGCUGAUCUGUGACUGCAGAAACGGGGCGACUUGUGACUCCGUCUCUGGCCAAUGUCUGUGCCCGGCUGGUUACCGUGGAGACCACUGUGAAAAAGAAUGCGAGCGAGGCUCGUUUGGAGAGCGAUGUCAGAGGCCAUGUGACUGUGAAGGAGACGCAUCAUGUGACCCGUUCAGCGGAAAGUGCAGCUGUCCCCCUGGGAAAACAGGAACCAAGUGUGACAUCGACUGCGGAAUUAAUCGCUUUGGGCCCGGCUGCUCUCUGACCUGCGACUGCGGCCACAACGGCCAGUGCAACCCGCGCAACGGACGCUGCACCUGCCUGCACGGGUGGAUCGGGCUCACCUGCCAGGAAGGGGGACCCCCCAAGCCGACACAUCACUCCCAAGGCCCAAGAGAAGACCUCUCUCACCUCCAAACAGCAGUAUAGCAUCCCAACGGGCAGCCACCAGCACCCCUGCACGGAUACAGCCUCCUUUCCAUAGGACAGCCAGGGGCUUCAAUUCCUGCAUUUUUACAAUAAUGCACCAGCUAUGAUGAUGGGAGGGAGGGGGGGUUGCAGAAAGAAGCCCAUGAGAACUACUUGUGUCAUCUUCAUUUGUUUGACAAGCCAUGCAUACUGUACUUGCACUCUGGGAACUAUUUGGCAGCAGUUUGCUGGUUUGCAAAAGAGUAACUUCUUUUGAGAUCAGCUUCUAAAGGGAGGGAUCAAGACACUAAGCAGUUGUGUCCAAGCCUGGCUGGAGACACACUUCUAAAAUCCACUGCGUGUGGAAACAAGCCUCUGGGAGACUAAGAGGAUACUGCAGUAGCAUGAAAGACAUUGCAUUAUUCAGAGACGACACUCGAAGCAGCUUAGCGGGUUUGGAGACCCCCAGCUUUGACCACAAAACCUUAUCGAAGGGGGAGACUUCUUUGGUUUAACACAAUUUGAAAACACAUUUAGCCAUGUAGAACAGUUAAACCAUUCUCAAUACACACCUGACAUGAUUAAGAGAACACACCCAAGCACAAGUCACUGUCAGAAUGCACUGCUUGUGCAUUGUACCUCAACCAGUCAGCCUCAUCCACUCCCUUUCCAAGUAACACAACAUUUGGCAGAUUUUCAUUAAACAUUGAACUCUUUGAUUGAAACGUUGGCUUGUUUUAAAGGCACAGUUGCUAGAUUUUAGUAACUUUUUUUUUUGUUUGUUUUUUUAAGUGAGCACUAUUGGGUAUAGGGUGCUGAUACCACACCCUGCCACAGAACAGUUCAAUUCGAAGUGAUCGUUUUCAUGCACACAGUGAACCACAAUGCCUCUUAGCAAGCCAGGGAACCAAAUGCACCUUGAGUAACCUGCUGUGUGCCCAGUUGUACUUGUUUCUGUUCCUCGUCAUUCGCUGCUGUACAGACUGCCUGAAACAUUAUUCAUUUGUAUGUUUUUUUUAUAGAUCUUCACGUUAAUAGUAGCUUAUGUAUAAGAUAGCGUAUGGAUGGAUGUAUUUAUGGAUGGAUGUAUGCAAGAACAUAUUUAAUUUCACUGGUGUGUAAAAAGCAAUACAAACACAGCUUUUGCAAAAGAGCGAAGGGAGUAAAAUGCAUCCUGCAAAGGCAAGCAAUAGUUUUAGAUGCAGAUAAUGCUACGGAACAAUCAAGUGAGCGACGUGAAUUCCAAAGGAUUAAUUUCAGACGGUGAAUCGUUAUCUUCAUGUUAUACCAAGGUGGCAAGCACUGUCAUUUCUGAUCUGACCCCCCAUCUGUGAGAGAUGAGGUUAACAGCUCUCUAACCACGAAUGCAGAGGAGCCUGGCUCUUUUGUGCUGUGGUUAUGAUGCUCACUGCGGUGUGUGUGUGUGUGUGUGUUUGUGUUUGCCGGUUCACGCACAGCCUCUGCCCUGAUCCACCUGCCUAGAUUAAAUAAAAAAAGCACAGGGCCACACUGAUAAAGCACACAUGCCUGCUGACAAGUACAUAGCUGUGCAAGUCCUUCCCCCAAAGGGCAAAUGCUUCAUGAAGGUGGCCCAUGCUGCUUCAGCAAUCAAAUCUCGUUUUGUAUUUUUUCUAUUAACCCGAGCCAACAUUAUCCUUUGAAUUACUUGUAUUGCAAAAUAUGCAUAAAAAAACACAUUAUUCAAAUAUUAAAAGCAUUGGGUUGGAUGUGAUCACUAUGUCGUGCCUGAUUAAUGAUGCAAUAUUAAUGGCCAGCGUUGUGAAUGAAAUAACUGUCUGUUGCAUACUGUAUGCUUUUUAUUCAUUAUAGAAAAGAGAAGCCUGCUCGUCUUAUUAUAAUUGGUGCUAUCAAGUUUGUUUUAAUUGAAACUUUACAAUACUGAAAGAUGAUGUCACUCUAAACAUGUAUUGGAGUUGGUAUGUAAAAUAUUUACUAAAGCAUUUACUAUGUCCAUUUUUUGUACUGUAUAUAACAUGUUAAAAAAAGAAGCUAUUAA